UUUCAGCAGUCAGCUGCAGGGAGCACAUUUCACAGAGGGAGUGCCUGCUCUCUCUCUCUCACAGACACACUCUCUCUGUUCCUCUCUCUCUCUCUCUCUCUCUCUCUCUCUCUCUCCCUCUCUUCCUCUCUGUUCCUCUCUCACUCGCUCUUCCACUCUCUCUCUCUCACACACACUCUCUAUCUCAUUCUGUUAAAGAACUCUCUCUCACACACACACACACAGUCACACUCGCACAUGCACCACAGAGGAUAACAGUUUCACAGAACAUUUCCCCUUAGCUAAUUUGAGGAAAAGGACACACUGCUUCUGAAGGAUUUUACUCGCAGUUUUUUCUUAAGAAAAUAGUCUAGUAGAGCAGUGCGGAGGAAUACAACCGAAGACACGAUACAGUUUCAUUUUGUUCCUGGACAUGGUCAACUUGACAACAGCAUGACACCCUCCUGUUUGGAUUCCCUCCUCAGGCCAAAAUCCUGAAAAUGAUGGAUGACGACAAGCAGCUGGCCCAGAGGAUCGAAGGGGCAGUCCAGUCGGCCAGCCAGGAGGUGACCAACCUGCGCUCUGAGCUGACGGCCACCAGCCGCAGGCUGGCCGAGCUGGGGGCCGCCGACCGGGAGCGUGACCCCCCAAUAGAGAACCACCACCAACAACACAUCCGCCACCACCACCACCAUGAUCCCUCUGUACACCAGAGGCAGAAGCAGCCAGCGACCGAUCUCUGCUACAAGAGUGACAUCAAGAGCCUAAUGGACUUCAGCACCCCAGACUCCUCUCUGGACAAAGUUUUGUUGCGGGAGGAGGUGGCCCAACUCCAGGAGGAGGUGCACCUGUUGAGGCAGAUGAAGGACAUGUUGAGUAAGGACCUGGAGGAGGGCCACGGAGGCUGCUCCGCCGACGUGCUCUCAGCCACCGAGCUCCGCGUGCAGCUGGCCCAGAAGGAGCAGGAGCUAGACCGCGCCAAGGAGGCACUGCAGGCGAUGAAGGCGGACCGGAAGCGUUUGAAGGCUGAGAAAGCAGAUCUGGUCAACCAGAUGCAGCAGCUCUAUGCCACGUUGGAGAGCCGAGAGGAGCAGCUCCGUGACUUCAUCCGCAACUACGAACAGCACAGAAAAGAGAGUGAGGAUGCGGUGAAGGUGCUGGCUAAGGAGAAGGACCUAUUGGAAAGGGAGAAGUGGGACCUACGGCGGCAGACUAAGGAAUCUACAGAGCACUCCGGCGCCCUACGCUCCCAACUGGACCUGAAGGAGAACAGGAUCAAGGAGCUGGAGGCCGAGCUGGCCAUGGCGAAACAGUCCUUAGCGACCCUGACUAAGGAUGUGCCCAAGCGCCAGUCUCUAGCCAUGCCCACAGAGGCGGUUGUCAACGGCAACAACCAAGAGUGGGUGAUGCAUGCGGACCUGCCCCUCACCGCAGCCAUCCGGCAGAGUCAACAGACCCUCUACCACGUCCACACAGGCCACCCCACAGACAGACAAGUGGCUGCAGUCAGGGUGAGCCCGUGUCACUCCCGCCAGCCCUCCAUAAUCUCAGAUGCCUCGGCCUUGGAGGGCGACCGCUCAUCCACCCCCAGUGACAUCAACUCCCCCCGCCACCGGACACACUCCCUCUGUAAUUCACUAGAGGAUCUGGAGGACCAGAAGCGUAAGAAGAAGAAAGAGAAGAUGGGUCUGGGCUCUCUGUCACGUGUCUUCGCCCGGGGCAAGCAGCGCAAGUCAAUGGACCCGGGUCUGUUUGACGGUACUUCAACUCCUGAUUAUUACAUAGAGGAAGAUGCAGACUGGUGAAAAGGUGGCAGAGAGUCCCACCUGUGUCCCUGAGUGGUGAUGCAUAAGAGGGUUUUCUGUCAGUGUGUGCGCGUGUGUUUGGCCAUACGUGUGGGUGUGUGUUUAGCCGUGUGUGUGUGCCUGUCCAUGGUUGGAGACCAUGUGAGAAGCCUGAGGCGCAUCUUGCGUCGCUGAAGUUUAAAAUAUUACAAGCAAAUUGCAUCUGUAUGUACAGUACUGUAAAUAGAGUGAACAGUGUAACCACAGCCGGGAUCCUUACUACGUGUGGAUGUUUACUGUAUCUGCAGAGCAAAAAGUGGUUGUGUUUGAUUCUUUUAAUUGUCUUUAUAUUUUUAACUUUUGUUUUCGAUAACUGGAAACUUGAAGGACUGCUGUAUGUGUAAAUAACAGUCAUUGUGCACUUUGUGCUUGUAAAUGUAUUUUUUGCCCUGAAUGCCUUUUUUUUUGUCAUAAUUUUUGACCUCCUCCCUGCUUUUUGUUUAACUUAUACUCCCUAUUCAUUGUCCUGCUUGGUCCAUUCCCUCCAUUUUGAGGAAAGUUUAUUCUAACGUUAAGACUCCUCAACUAACCUCUAGUCAACCUGUGAUCUGAUGUCUAAAACUCCCUAAAUACCCACAUCUUCAUUAUCCUCCCAAUCACCAAGAAAGUACAAAUACAUUUCUUGACAGUUGUUCAAAUCAACAUUUUAAACGGGCAAUCUGUGAUUGCUACAUAAAUAUUUAGACUUUUAAAUUAAUUAUAUAUAUCCCAAAAUAUAUGUUUUUUUUGUAAACAAUGUAAUUUUAAGUUUACUGUAUAGCCUCAAAACAAGGUUAAAACUAAAAUGUUGAUUUUAUGGAUGGUCAGUCCCUGUAUUCAUUGCUCUGUCCAUGAUUUUGAGAGAGGUUACAUUUAUCCAGCCCCAUCCCUCAGCUUUUUACCAAAACAGCAGUGGGGUGUUAGCUUUGUUAUUGUUUAAACUGCAGAUUGCUCCUUUAAGAUGUCAGAAUACUAAUCGACUCCAACCUGUAGUCCAAAACAUUUGGAUUUCUAAUAUGGGCUCAGGCCCCAAAAAAAUCACAAGGCCAUCCCCCACAUGAAACAAAAGCUGAAAACGGAGGAAAUCGACUAACAAUUCUAUCGUCCCCGAUCCAAGCAUGUCAAAUGUGCAUGCCUAGAGCUACCUGUUUCCUAAAUGCAUGGCACACUGUGGCGAAGGUACAUAACAAUGGCGAAGGUGCAUAAAUAUGGAGGAAUUCAGAUAUGAUGUCAUUGUUUUAGCACUACCCACAGAGUUCUUGCGGAGCGCGACAUGGUUCCAUAUGCCAGUAAAUCAGCACAAUCUAAGCUACUUUUUCAGUUUCUUUUUAAUUACUGCCGUCUACUGUGCUAAAACCAUAACAACAAACAGUAACGGAGAGCAAUGUACUGUAGGGAAAACUUAGCAAACGAUUGUUGUAAGUACAUGGGAGCCGUCAUCUUUGCACCUUCGCCAUUGAUAAUGAAUAAGGCAGACAUUUUAGUAGCCUCGCCAAUACCUGCUGCUAACAUACGUCCUUUGUCCUGAUCUUGUCUCGAUCUUGUCCUGAUCUUGCACGUUUACACUUAUAAGAUUUGAUCAAAAUCCGUUCACAAUGCGUCUUUUAAUUGUCUACACCUGUCUAAAAAUGUGGGCACAAUGAGAAUGAGACAAGAUCAGGACAAAUGACGCAUAUUACAACCAAGUAUAAACGUGGCUAGAGAGUCAAAUGAGUUAUGGAGUCAGCAAGUUCUAAAAUAUUAGUUUUACAAUUUUCAUUCAUAGCUUAAAUAGGCAUUGAUAGCUCAUCCCCCUUUAAUGUAUUUGUCAAACUAGUUUCAAAAAUACAUUUUAAAAAGUAUUGGAAAUGUGACAUCCUCAAAUUCAUAUUCUGGGGGAUUCCUAAAAGUUUAACAUUUUGACAGCUUCCAGAGAGCAAGUCGUGUUGCACUGCUUUGCUUUAUCUUGGCCAGGUCGCAGUUGUAAAUGAGAACUUGUUCUCAGCUGGCCUACCUGGUUAAAUAAAGGUGAAAUCAAUCAAAUCAAAUCAAAAUUCGGCUCUAGAAUUUUAAUCCUAUUUUAAUUACGAGGAUUAUCACAGUGUUAAGAGGGAAAUCAGAAAUAAUUCAGUCCGAUUUUUCUCUAAAUGGCCAUUGUCUUCCAAACUUUCUGCAGAAUAAAUGAAUGCCAUUCUCAAAUAUAUAUGGUGUAUACUUGUAGCUCGAAAAUACGAUAUAACUUACAAGCUUGUCAUAGUUUCACUGUAACAAGUGGCUGUAAUUUGAAAUUGAUUGAAAAAUCAUGUUUGAAAUUGUGUACAGUAGACAAUGCUGAUUCAUACUGAAAAGUGCACUACCUUGCAACCUAUUUGGAAAUGAGGGUCAGUCUGACAGACAUUACAGAUUCAGGUUUGAUUGACAGGUGUGGGGGGGGUGGAGGGCACAAGAGGUUGGAAGGGUUGAGAGGGGGAAGUAUUUCUGAUGAGCGGUUGCCCUGCGUGUUAAUACCAAAUUGAGCCAGGCUAAUCAAAUUGAAACAAAUGCACACCUUAUACUCCCCCUAGUAACCCCUGUGCUGGAAUAAAAAACUGCAGUCAGAUUUGGAGGUUCAAGCCAUUGCUGAAAAGGCAAUUAAAUAGGUGCCAAAGGUUAAUAGUGUUUUACCCUGUGGAACAAAACACAUUAGAUUAAAUUAGUAUCUUUUCCCUUUUUCCCUGAGCAGAAGCUUUAUAGGAAACCCCCAUUUAAGACUGCUGGCUAACGGGUCAUCCUACCUGCUAGAAAAUGGAAACACUCAUUAAAAUGAAAGGGCAGCUUUAGCAAUUGGAGGUCCCUCAAUAAGCAUUUAGAGGAUUAUUAUAUAUGGCACCCUGUACAAAUUCUAUCUCAUUCAUAGGCAUCUCACUCAGAUGCUUAUGUCAACAACCACAGGUUGCAUACCAUGUGCCAUGUGGAUGGUAAUCCACAUAAGCUACCAUCCCAUGUGCCAUGUGGAUGGUAGCUGACAUAAGCAGUUAUAACUGUUUUGUUGGAGAGUGUAUUGAUUCACCCUUGACGGUGUAAUUAAGGGUCCAUUUAUUUAAGUUAUUAUUCAGGGUCCUUAGAUAAAAAGGAGUAUCUGGAAAACCGGAAUAAUAUUAGGGAAAAAGGGAAUAGCUUUGCGGAAUUUCUAUCGGAAUAUUAAAGUAUCCUUUACUGCUGGGACACCAUAUCAGAUGACCAUUAUAUCAUUUUAUGUUGCAACAAAAUUCCCUCUCAUUUCACGGUCGAAUAUUUUCAUUUUUUUGUAAAUUAUGAAACACUAUUGAAAUUACUAUUAAAGAGUUUUAUUUCAAGUAAAAUAAUUGAGCCAUGAGGACUAGAAGAUGUUUAGCACUGGAGGGCAAAGUGAAGACCCUUUUAAUGGCAUGGCAACAAAAUAUGCGAAAGAUCUAAAUGAGAAUAAUUAUUUUAAAAUAAAAUAAAUGACACUGAAUUUC